AUGGCGGUGGAGAAGGAGAACGUGGCCAACGCGCGCUCGGCAUCGCCCUCGCCCUCGCCCGCGCCGGCCAAGGCAGCGUCCGCGGGCGAAGACCAGCUCCCGCCGGAGCUCGAAGGCAUGUCGCUCAUAUUUACCGGUCUGGUCGACAAGAAGACCAAGGUCGUGGAUCUUGUGGCGUCGUGGAUGGAGACGUUUGACGAGUCGGCCGACGACGGCCUCGCCGCGCUCGUCAACUUUGUCCUCCACUGCACCGGCUCGACGAUCCUGCUCUCAACAACGCAGGUCCUCACCGAGGACCUCGACCCGCUGCUUGCCGCCAUCGUCAAGGAGUUUACCCAUCCGACGUACCCGCUCGUCAACCCCGAUCUGAAGAAAAAGGUCAAGUUCGGCCCGCGGCUCGAGGCCUUUUGGGCCGAGCUCAUCAACCUCGCCGCCAACUCGCUUCUCCCGGCCGAGGAUGUUUUCGCCACCCUCCUCCGCUGGAUUACCGCCAUGUCCUCGUGCACCGUCCGCGCCUUCCGCCACACCGCCACCAUCACUGCCUACGCCAUCAUGGCGCCGCUGAUGGGCGUGGCCCAGGCCGGUCUCCGCCAGCUCUCGCUUGCCGAGCGGCAGAUGCUCACCUUUGCCAAACAAGCCACUGCUGCCGGGUCCGACGGCGACGACGACGACGACGAUGAUGAUGACGAUGACUCGCCGACGCCCAUGGACGAAGAGUCCGCCGUCGGAAAGCGCCGGUCGUCACGCGGCUCGCGCAACAUGGCCUCGCGCAUUGACAUGCUCAAGAACCGCAUCGCGACCCUCAAGAUCAACGUCGCUCGCGCCGAGUCCUUCCUCAAGUCGCUCUUCUCCACCAUCUUUGUCCACCGCUACCGCGACUCGGUCGGCCUCCUCCGCGCCAAGUCAAUCGCCGCUCUCGGCGAGUGGAUUGCCGGCUACCCCAAGAUCUUCCUCGAGCCGUCGUACCUCAAGUACCUCGGGUGGACGCUGUCGGACAAGGACGCCAACGUGCGGCUGGCCGCGCUCAAGGCGCUCCGCGGCCUCUAUGACGAUUCCAACGCCAUCACUGCCCUCUCGUCGUUCACAGAGCGCUUCCGCGGACGCAUCCUUGAGAUGGCCAAGGACUCGUCGGUCAACGUUGCCGUCGAAGCCCUCGGCACGCUGUCCGCGCUCCUCGAGACCUCGAUGCUCGAGCAGUCGGACAUCGACGCCGUCUACUUUUACAUCUCGGUUGAGAACCGCAAGAUCCGCACCGAGGCCGCGCACUUUGUCCGCAAGCACCUCUUUGACAUCAUCAUCGCCUCGCAGCUUCUGCCCGGCCAGUCGGACGACGAAGUCGACAAGGCCCGCGUCCGCGGUUUUGUCCAGUUUGUCCUCAACUUUAGCUACCAGGCGCAGAACCCGGUCUACAUUGUUGACGCCCUCUUCAAGCACGCCCCGUGCCUCACCGCCUGGCCCGUCAUGCUCGACCUACUCCAGGAAGAGCCGGCGUCGAACGUCGACCCGGGCACCCACGCCGCCGAGCAGGACCUCCUCGUCCGCGUCCUCGCAGCCUGCGCCCGCCUCGCCACCGGCGGCUCGGUCAUUCCCAACGAGCCGGCGCAUGUGUCGGCCUCGGCCGCCGCCGCCGCCGCCGCCGCCAUCCGCACCACCUUUCUCCCGCGCAUGACCGAUCUCUUUGCGCUCUUUGCCGGCAAGCCGCCGCAGCUGGCCCUCCUUCUCGAGCUCGUCGAGGUCAUGGACCUCUCCGAUGUCGCUGCCGACGACUCGCUCCGCGACGCCUUUGACGCCUGCCUCGCCGCCGCCCACAAGCUCCUCUUUGCCUCGGCCGAGCCUGAGGUCUUUGCCCAGGUCGCCGGCCUCUACGGCACCCUCCUCGCCGCCGCCCCACAACUGACGACCAAGGUCGAGAACGCGCUCGCUCAGGACCUGUACGCCAUGGUUGAGUCCGUCGACAACGCCCGCGCCGGCGGAAGCAUGCCCGAUCCGGCCUCGGCCGCCGGCCGUGACAAUCUGCGCACCCUAGCCCUCGCCCUCCAACGUGCCGCCGCCUUUGCCACCGCCCACGACCUCUCGCUCCACGACGCCGCGCCCCUCGUCGACGCCGCCGCCGCCUUUAUCGACGUCGCCGUCGCCGCCCUCGCCGCCGCCGCCGAUCCGGCAUCCGUCGCCGACUGCUACUCGCCGGCCGCCCUCGACGCCGCCCUCCGCAUUCUCUUUGGUCACGCCGCCUGGGCCCGUGCCCGCGUCGAGGAGCCGCUCGUUGCGCUCGCCGCCAAAGAGAGCGCCGGCGAGACCGUGCCCGAGGAAUCGAUCCUCGGCGUCAAGACCGAGGUGGCUGCAGUGCUCGAGGCCUACGCCGGCCUUGUCCGCGCCGUCGAGAGCCUCCUCCUCCCGUCAGCCGCCGUCAAGCUCGGGCCGACCGACUACCUACCGACGCUCUGCACAGCCGUCGGCGUGGCGGUCGAUGCCGCGCUCCUCUUUGCGCCGCGCCUCGGCGAGACAGCGCUCGCGCCGCUCGCCACCCCGCUGUCGACCCCGCUGCAGGCCGACAUGGUGUCGUUCAUGGAGCAGCUGUUUGAGGCGUACGAGAACGCGUACGCCGACGAGUCGGUGCCCGAUGACGUCCUCGGCGCCGUCUACGACGCAACCGACGCCACCCUUGGUGCUCUUGUCCGUGGCUUUGCCUUUGGUGGCCUCGACACGGCCUACGCCGCCCACCUCGUCACCCACUACCAGGAGCACGAUCGGCUCUUUGCGCCCGUCAUCGGCGGCAUGGUCAAGCGCAUGGUUACGCGUCUCUCCGCCGCCGUCGCCGAGCCGCUCAUCGAGGCCCUCAAGUUCAAGCUGGCCGACGCCGAGGAGCACGCCAAGCUCCUGCCCAAGGGUCAGACCCGCCGCCUCACCGCAUCUGACUCCCUCCGCGCCCCGAUCCGCCGUCUCGCCACCAAGCUCGCCGCAGACACCAAGGACGCUAUCCUCGUUGUCCAGCAGAUCUUUGCCCUCGGCAUCCCGGCCGCGCUCGCCGACGCGCCCACCAACUUUGCCCUCUUGGACGGUCUCGCCUCCUUUUCCUCGCGCCUCAACGCCGACCAAAAGGCUGAGGUCCUCAAGUUCCUCGAGGCCAACUUUAAGGCGCUCGAGAAAAACCUCAUUUUCGCCAAGGAGGACAUCGACAUGUACAACAAGCUCCGUGCCAAGCUCGGCGCCUCGGUUCCGCCGCCCGCAAAGCCUGCGUCGGCCAAGGCCAAGGCCAAGAAGAGCAACAAGACCAAGCGCUCGUCGCGCAAGGCCUCGCACGGGAAGAUCACCAUCGCCUCACUGACAGAAGACCACACUUCGGUCGUCCCCGUCCUAGGCGCGAAGCGCAAGUCCAAGCGUGCCCGCAAGUCGUCCAACCUCUCGAGCGACCUCCUCGUCACCCCGCCGUCCAAGGCCCGCAAGAACUCGGCUCGCACCUCGCCGUCAUCCACCACCGCCCCGCUCACCCUUGAGGCCCUCGACGCGCCUUCGCCUACACCACCUGUCGGCGACCCUGCCGGCGGCGUCGGCCUCCCGCCAGCCGACGACGACAUUGUCGACGACCACGCCGACGAGGACUUUGCCGCUCCGCGUCGUCGUCGCGCCCGCCGCUCGCUCCUCUGAACCGACUGCCCACCACCUGCGCUACCCCA